CACCGCGAGGUGGGUGUGUGGCACUCCAACCGCACGCUGGCCAUGAACGCCACCUCGCUGUCCCUCAACGCGUCCGACAGCCUGGCCAACAAAACCCUCAUCGUCACCACCAUCCUGGAGAACCCGUACGUGAUGCGGGUGGGGGGCGCGGGCGGCGCGGAGCGCUACGAGGGCUUCUGCGUGGACAUGCUGCGCGAGCUGGCCGCGCUGCUCAAGUUCCGCUUCCGGCUGAAGCUCGUGGACGACGGGCUGUACGGCGCGCCCGAGCCCAACGGCUCCUGGACCGGCAUGGUGGGCGAGCUCAUCAACAGGGUGCGUGGGGGGGUCAUCAACAGGGGGCGUGGGGGGGCGAGCUCAUCAACAGG